CGAGAUGUUUGCCGUUGGUAACAGUUGCAAGAGGUCUUUGGGAGGUCUGUCCAAAAGGACUUAUGCUUCCAAAUUACCGGAGCCUCAAAGAAACCCCAAGUUGCCCAACACAAAGCUCUUUAUCAACAAUGAAUGGGUUGAUGCACUCUCUGGAAAAACAUUUAAAGCUGUCAACCCCACGACCGGAGAAGUCAUUACAGAGAUACAGAAAGGUGGAAAAGAAGAUGUUGACAGAGCCGUCCAGGCUGCGAGGGAAGCCUUCAAGCUAGGCGCUCCUUGGAGGAAGAUGGACGCAUCCAAGCGGGGGAUCCUCAUCAACAAAUUUGUCGAUCUGAUGGAGAGAGAUCUAGUUUACUUAUCGAGUUUGGAGGUCCUAGACUGCGGGAAACUUUACAACACACUGAUGAGGACCGACGUACCGACCUCCGGUAAGAACUUCCGCUACUACGCCGGAUUCGCGGACAAGAACAACGGGAUCACGACAGCCAUGGAUGGCAGCUUCCUGUCCUACACGAGGCACGAACCGGUCGGUGUCGCUGGACUCAUCGCGCCCUGGAACUUCGGUGUCGCCUUCGUCGCCUGGAAGCUCGCUCCAGCAUUAGCCGCAGGCUGCACAGCAGUGUUUAAGCCGUCGCAGCACUCGACCCUCACCACGCUGCACCUGGCCGAGCUGAUGAAGGAGGCAGGAUUUCCCCCAGGAGUGGUCAACAUAGUUCCUGGAGGAGGCGAUGUCGGGACUGCACUCGCGGUACACCCUGAUGUCGACAAGGUGUCCUUCACCGGAUCCACAGAGAUCGGUAAAGUUGUGUACCGAAAUGGGUCUGAGACAAUGAAGAGGUUGACUUUGCAACUCGCUGGUAAAUCCCCCAACAUUAUUCUUCCCGACGCGGAUCUCGACCAAGCUGUCGAACAUGGACACUUCGCAAUUUUCAACAACACGGGUCAAUGCUGCACUGCUGGUUCCCGAACAUUCGUUCACGAAUCCAUGUACGAAAAAUUUGUCGAGAAAUCUAUAGCUAGAAUAAAGGCUGUGAAAAUCGGGGAUCCGUUCGACUUGAGCACAAAUCAAGGACCUCAGACUACUGAAGAACAACUGAAUAUCAUUCUGAAGAUGGUAGAACAAGGGAAGAAGGAAGGAGCGAAACUGGAAAUAGGAGGUAACAGAGUGGACAGGCCAGGUUUCUUCAUGGAACCUACCCUCUUCACAGACCUGAAGGACGACAUGACUAUCGCCAAGGAAGAGAUUUUCGGCCCGGUACAACAAAUAUUCUCCUACAAAACUAUCGAUGAAGUAAUCGAAAGGGCCAAUAACACUGAAUACGGCCUGGCCUCCUCCAUUUUUGGCCAAAACAUCGAUCAAAUCAACACCAUCGCCCAGGCGUUGAGAGCAGGCUUGGUUUGGAUCAACUGCUACCAUGCAAUACUUCCUCAGGCUCCCUUCGGCGGAUACAAGAUGUCAGGUUUUGGCCGGGAGGGCGGGCCUUACGGACUGGAAGAGUUCUCCGAAGUGAAAGCCGUCAUCAUGAAGACACCAACAAAAAAUAGUUGAAUAGACUUUUAAAGUACUCUGUCUUGUAUUAAAAAUAACAAGCGAAUCAUCUCAUUGCAUUAUAAUCAAUGUUUGCUUAAUAAUUAUCAAUUUUUGCUAAUGUCAAAUAAUAUAUGAAUUCCAUCUUCAAAUUAAUUGGAAUUCACAGUCUUAUAUUUACAAUUUUGGUUAAUAUCAUCUAUUGGUGAAGACUGAUUUUGGAUAACUGUUAUCAAUUCGAUGUUAAGGUCGAGUAAAAACGUACGGUAACAUCAAAUUUCUCAUUAUGUAGAUUAAUCAAUGUCUGUGAUGUAGUUUUUUAUUUUUGUAAUAAAUGUUAAAUAAUAGAAACAUACCAAAAAAAUAAAGAAAUAUGCGAUAUGAAAAAGUUUAAAGAUUCACUAUAAU